AUGAUAAUAGUAGAAGCAGUAGCACUAUUUGAACAACUAAUUGUGGCCAAAGAAAAUUUCGUUAGACAAGGCGCUGUACUAGCAUUGUCAUUUAUAUUAAUUCAACAGACAGAAGCAAGUUCAAGUAAAGUCGGCGAAUUUCGACGAGUUCUCACGAAAAUGAUAACAGAGAAGGGUGAGGACUCGAUAACAAAACUUGGUGCAAUUCUGGCUCAAGGAAUAAUAGAUGCUGGUGGUCGUAAUGUAACUAUUUCGUUACAUAAUCGUAACGGGCACUCCGAUAUGCAGAGUGUCGUUGGAAUGUUCGUCUUUUUACAGUAUUGGUAUUGGCAUUCAUUUGCGCAUUUCGCAUCGCUCGCUUUCAAACCCACAUGUCUUAUUGGUCUCAAUUCGAAUCUUGAGAUGCCAAAAACUGAAUUUCGCUCAAAUGCGAAGCCAUCGACAUUUGCUUAUCCACCACCACUCGAAGAAAAGAAAAAAGAAGAAAACGAAAGAAUUGAAGCAGCAGUAUUAUCAGUGACAAACAAGAAGAAAAUCUCGGCUUCAGAGAAAAUUUUAGAGAAAAAAGAAAAGCGCGAUGAAAAUAAAGAGAAACAAGAAGAGGAGAAAAUGGAAAUCGAUUUGAACGAUUCUCUUAUCGAUAAUAAAUCUUUAUCUGAAGGAAAAAAUGCCAGUACUAUGAAAGAACCAGAACCGUUAAUGCAUAAUCUACAAAAUCCGGCUCGUGUCGUUCGUUUACAGCUGAAAACUUUACAAAUGCCGGAAUCGAGUAGAUAUAAGCCAUUGAAAGCUUUAUCACAAGGCGGUAUUAUUAUGUUAAAGGAUAAAAAGGCCGGUGAAGAGCAAGAGGAAAUUGUUGCGUUAGUAGCUGCUGGUGGCACAAGAGCAAGCGAUGUGAAGGACGCAGGCACUGAAGAAGCCCAGCCGCAUGCACCAUUCGAAAUAAAUAUUGCAUCUUAUUAA